AUGGCUUCCUCUAAGCAGUACUCAGUACCGCACACGCCGCGCGUGAUUUCACCCUCGCCGACACCUUCUGAGCUGAGCGGGAAGGAGGGGUACUUUGGUCCAGUGACGCGCUCGGCGAGUCGCAAGCAGAAAGUCACGUCGCCGCCGCCCAUCGACGAGGACUCGUCGGGCUCGGAUCCAGACAAGAGAGCCAGAGCUAGGAGUAGGAGUCCACUUGAGGGGCGGAGACGGCAGAUGAGCGGGCUCACAUCUAAGCGGCAAAUGAACGGCAACUUAAGGGCGAAGAAGGCCGACCUGGCAUUGCCAAACGGGACGGUCAAUGGGCAUCUCUCGCCCGCGGCCGCAAACAAGAAUUACUGGCGCGAGCUGAGCAGAAGUCCGAGUCCGCUGGGUCUGAUUCCCAUACAUCAGAAGUGGAGAUCAUUCAUCCACCGGCACGAAGUCCCCCGCAAAGUCCUCCACGUCUCCAUCGGCUUUCUGACCAUCUUCCUCUACUGCACCGGCCGCCAGCCCGACCAGAUCCACCCAGUGCUCCUCGCCAUGCUCAUUCCCAUCGCCGCAACCGACUUCAUCCGCCACAGAUACUGGCAGGUCAAUCGAUUGUACAUACGAUUCUUGGGCGCGUUGAUGCGCGAAUCUGAAGUUGACGGCUGGAACGGUGUCAUCUCGUACCUUCUCGGCGCGUGGAUCGUCCUGCGGUUCUUCCCUAAGGACAUCGGCGUAAUGAGUGUAUUGUUGCUCAGCUGGUGCGACACCGCGGCCUCGACUUUCGGCCGUCUCUGGGGCCACCGUACGUGGCGCGUAAGGAAGGGCAAGUCGCUCGCUGGAUCUAUCGCAGCGUGCGUGACGGGUGUAAUAACUGCGGCGCUUUGGUGGGGUUGGCUCGCGCCUAUGUACGCGGACUACAACACCGGCGUAAACGCAUUUGCAUACCGGAGCGUCCUCGCGCUUCCUGCACAGGCCCGGAAAACCCUUGAACUCUCUAGCGGGAAGGGCUCGAUAACAGGCUACCUUGCGCUGGGCGCCAUGUCCUUCUGGGCCGGCAUUGUCGCGAGCGCCAGCGAGGCCAUCGAUCUCUUUGGCUGGGACGACAAUCUCACGAUCCCAGUUUUGUGCGGUGUAGGGCUGUUAGGCUUCACCAAAGUGUUUGCGUAG